AUGGAGCAACAUCGUGCACCCAUUCCGAUUUGUACUAUAAAAAUGAAUCUCCAUUGUUGUGCGAAGUGUCCAAUAAAAUUGAAGGAAAAGUUGCAGAAACUCAAUGGAGUGGAGGACAUAAACAUAGAUCCAGAACAAGGAUUAUUAAAAGUUUCAGGUGACAUAGACCCUAUGGUUCUCACAAAUAUAGUCAAAAACAUGGACAAAAAGGCAGAACUUUGGUCCUUCCAGAAAGAACCCUACAAAAACAAUGUUAAUAUUGGUGCGUCUACUAAGUACAACAUCCAAAUUGGCGAAGAUUGCUCUUGUGAUGGUGAUGAGGCUGAAAGCAGUUCGGAUGAUGAAAACAAACGCAGUAUUGCACCCAAGAAGCAACAUGGAGUUCUCACUUGGGCCAAAAAUGACAAGAAGAAGAAUGGGAAGGGAUUUUCUGGCAUGGGAAUGGGCAUGGGCAUGCCUAUGCCUCCUCAGCAUCGGCCACCUAUGCGGCCAUCUAUGGGCAUUACGGCCCAUAGGAGUUUUCAUGGGAUGCCCGGGCUCGGAUACCGGCCACCAAACCCGUAUUAUCAAUCAAUGGCAUAUCAUAGACCAUCACCGCCACCAUAUGGUUACUACGGACAAAUUCAGCCACCACCUUAUUCAUAUUUUCAGUCAAGAUCGCCACCCAAAGUUAACCCUAUUGUCCACUACACUAAUUAUGCGGACAACUAUCGAUCUGUUUAUUUUGGGUCAGAGAAGAUGGGUGUUGUUCCUGUUGCCUCGUCGACGGCGUUGUUGAAAGCAGCUCUGGGCUCCAUGGACUUCGAACCAGAAUUUCCAAAAACCACAAACACAAGGUACAAAUGUGCUGCAUGCUACAAGCAGUAUAAGAAAAAGGAACAUCUUGUCGAGCACAUUAAUGUCUCGUUCCAUUCAGUUCAUCAGCCCAGAUGUAGAGUGUGUAAAAAGCACUUCAAAUCUUUUGAAUCAGAGAGGGAGCAUGUCACUGGACCACUGGCAAAAGAAAAUUGCAAGAGGGUUUUCUCUGAACAAGGUUGUGAUCUAUGUUUGAAGAUUUUUGAUAGCCCUAAUUCUCUGAGCGCGCAUAAAUAUAUGUGUCGCCUAUCUGCACCCAUUCCUCUGGUAACAAUGAUGGAGCGAUGUGAAGAAUUUAAACAUGAUAUAAACUCCAGCAACGAAUAUCACGUUGGGGAUGGUACAGAAGCAAUUGCUCUGGAUUGUGAAAUGGUUGCUGGUGGAAGUGAUGGAUCACUGGACCUGUGUGCAAGGGUGUGCCUGAUUGAUGAAGACGAGACUAUCCUCUUCCACACUUAUGUGCAGCCCCAAUAUCCUGUCGUUAAUUACAGAUAUGAAGUUACUGGGUUAACAGAAGAGCAUCUCAGAGAUGGCAUGCCACUCCAAAAAGUGCAAGAUAAGGUUUUGCAAAUUUUGUAUAAUGGAAAGACCAAACUUCUUGUGGGGCAUGGUUUAGAGAAUGAUUUGGAUUGCUUGAGAAUAAACUAUCCUGAUUACCUGCUGAGGGAUACUGCAAACUACCAUCCUCUGAUGAAAACAAAUCUGGUUAGCCACCCGCUCAAGUACCUCACCAGAACAUAUCUAGGGUAUGAUAUCCAGUCAGGUCUUCAUGAUCCAUAUGAAGAUUGUGUGUCUGCUAUGAGACUCUACAAAAGGUUCUGUGCGCUAGAUCAUCAGAAAGAAGGCAAUGUGGCUUCACUUGCUAUGCUGUGUGCAAAAGACAUCCCUGGGAGUUUUGAUUCUUGGAAAACCGACAAACUUGAGAAGAUGACGCUCGAUGAGCUUUAUGAAAUGUCGAGACCAAACUACAAAUGUUGGUGCCUGGAUUCAGUGCAAGCAGCGCAACCUCAGCAUUAG